UGGGAGAAGGACACGCACAGGAGAUUAUCUGGACAGGUGCUCCGGCCGGUUGUAUCACGAAAAUGUAGGCCAGUAAAACGAAUAACGAGUUCCCAUAUAAGAGGAUAAAAUACAUAUAUGUUUUUAUUUUUAUUUGUUAAAUUCUGAGUAAAAAGGAGACGCAAAAGCUUAUGGUAGUGAUGAGUCAGGUGCGGACGAGCACUAGGACCCAGGAGGAGUAUGAGGACGACUUUGAGAAGGACCUGGAUUGGCUGAUCAGUGAGGAGGGGACGAACGAUGGCCAGGAACCUGACUACGAGGACAUCGAGGCCGAAAUAGACAAGGAGCUGAAGGAGGAGGAGAAGAAGGAAGAGAAGAAGCGAGGGAGGAAGGAGGACAAGAAAAGCCUGAAAGAGGAGAAGAGGGUGAGCGAGUCAGAGAAGGCGGAGGAGGAGGAGAGGUGGCCCUCGCCUAUGGAACCUUUGGAGUUCGACUCCGACCGAGACAGUCCAUAUAAGGGCGGAUCCCCCAUAGCUCCGCCCCCUCCGGUGUUGGAAGACCAACCGGAAGAGGACAAGAAGUACAUCCUGGAGAAGAUCCAGCUAGCCAAUCGGCAGCUGCAGGACCAGGAAGCGCCGGACAUGACUCGGCGCCGACGCCUUCACUUCAAAGAAACGCUGGUGGAUCUGGUGGUGCCGCCGCUGGAGUACGAGAAAGACAGCAGCACCCCCCAAAGGACGGGGGUGGUAGAGCAGGUGAGCAGCACGGCCAGCGGCAAGGACAUGGAGGUAGAGAGUGAGAUGUCGGGGAAGCUCUCUGAGCUGAAGAUCACCCCACGGGAAGGUGAAGGAGGAGGGCAGGGGAGCAAGGCUGGGGGUGGUGGUGGAGGUGGGGAGGCUGGCCAGAGUGGACCGGGGAAAGAGGGCAAAGUCCUGGUAGAGAAAGAUGGCAAGUUUGACCUUGUCAGCCUGAAGGAGGUGGAGAGCCAUGGCCUGAUGCUGCCACCUUUAGCGAGCUUCCCCAGCGACAACUCACGCUCGUCCUCCCGUCCAAGUGACCUGAGCCCGAACAAGACCCCCACAUCCUCCCCACUGCGUCCCAUCUCUAGCACCAUGUCCCUGGGGAUCGAGCACCUCCGCUCCCCCAGACCUCCGGCCCAGCCCAGGAAUCGGCCCAACUCGGCCAGUCACAGCCAGAGGGGCAGCGGGUGGAGGGGCACCAAGCGCAGGGUGCAGUCGGCCAACAGUACCCCGUCCCAGCAAGCCACCUUCACUCUCUCGCCCCAACAGAAGGAGCUACUGAACAAAAUACAAGAGAGGAGAGAGAGGCUCGCCAGAGAGGAGGAGCAGAGGAAGAGGGAGGAGGAUGAGCAGAAGCGUCAGGAGAACGAGCUGGCGUUCCGGGCAUGGCUGGUGAGGAAGAGGGAGCAGCUGCAGGAGGAGAGGAGGAUCCACAGAGCCCAGGAGAUGGAGAGAAUGAAUGGCAUGAGGGAGCACAGUGACCCAGACGAGGCCUUUAAGUCGUGGCUGCAGAGGAAACACGAACAGCAGCAGAGAGACAGGCAGCUGGAGGAGAUGAAGAGGCUGGAGGAGGAGAGUGGGUUCUACCUGCACAACCGAGAGGAGUGUGAACGAGCCUUCAAACUGUGGCUGAAGAGGAAGCGGGCAGAGAAGCGGGCGGAGCAGCAGGCGGCCAGAGAGCGCUCCCGCAGGCUUGUGUUUGAGGAGCGGCGUGCCCGGCGCAUGCAGGACCUCCUGUGCACCGUCAACGAGACCAAGCCUUUCCGCUUCACCGAACACCUGGCAUACCGCUUCUAAACGGCUUCUGAACCCACCAUUCGCAACAUCAUACCUCGAGAGGAAAGAGUUGAGAUCUGAGUAAAGCUUCAGGGCCUACAUUAUACGAUUCAGGGCCUACAUCGUUGUCCAUUUUUGCCCGGCAAAAUUACAACUUAUGUAGACUUUUUCGAAUGAGUUACAUAAGGAAAAAGAUGGACAAUUUGUGAACUUUUUUGGGGGACAAUCAGCUCCGUUGUCAUUCAUACUGCAUUGGAUGACUCCCAUUGAAAGAGCGUCGGCUCCAUCCGAAAAAAGCUACAUCUCACUGUGGGCGAGGCCUAAGGGAGAAGGGAAUCACCAAAGAAGUCUAGGCUCUGUUCCAGUAUCCAUUCUAGCAUACCACUUAGAAUGAGGCAUUUUUACUGAAAGUGAAUCUUAACAUGGGAUCAGCACUGAGACUACUGUUGAGAGAAGGGCUUUAUUUUCUACAUUUUCAUUUGUCACAGAUUAUCCGUUUGUGACCUCCAAAGUUCUUUUUUCUUUGACAUUACUUAGUCAAACAUGCACAACUCCUAAGGGUUCCGAAUUGAUCAGACAUCAGUGAUCUAUCCUGUGCUCACUGUGUACAGUAUAUAAAGAGAUUAUUUUAUCAAAUUAAUGAUUAUAACUGGUUCAAUAGCUGUGUGACAACAAAUAUUUAUACAGAAUAAAUAUGUGAUUAUAGGCCUACUGGCGCUUGUUCUCUACAUUGUCAACAGCCUUCUCUCUGUUGCUGAUGCACUUUAACCUAGCCUACUAGAUAACAUGGAGCUCACCAAUGCCGGCAGUGCUAGUAGGCAGUGUUACCAUAAUGCCUUCAUAAAUUGUUUGUCACUGAGUGUUUUUAAGUUUAUUCUUAAAUUCUUAAAUGUAUUCUUUAUUCUAUCUUAAGUUUAUUAAGUCUUAAGCUUAGGUCCUUUGUAGUAGUGGCAUCAACACUGACUACAUUUUCGUCCGUCAGAUGACGUCAUUCUAAGGAGACAUGCAGUUGCCAGUCCAGACGGCCAUAGCCACGGGAAGAUGUUUGAGGGUGGGGUUGCUGCGCAGAUUUUUGUGUGUGCCUGCGCUACAGACGGCUAUAUCGGUCCGCUAAUACAGGACUAGUAAAAGGCCCAGUGCACUACUAUUGUGAUAUUU